GGCCCUGCUCAUGCAAAGCUGAUGGUUUUUAGCAGGAGCAGUGAUUUUUCUCUUCCGUUUCUCUGCUGCAUUCCUCCUCUUUUAACUACCUCACUAACCUUGUAAAAAAAAAAAAAACUGGCAGGCUCUGGACAUUUUGCAUGCUGAAGAAAAUCACUGUUUUGCCUGAAGCAAAGGAACAUAAAUGUUGCAACACUGACUCCUCCUCUAAUGGGGAGAGAGCGAACAAGUGCACAGAGUUGUUUCUCCCAGAACCGUCUGACUGGAUACCUUGUAACCUACGCUGCUAAACCAUAGACAUUUCUUCUGUGUUUUUUUCUUUUCUUUUUUUUUUCCUCUGGAUUUACUGACUGUUCAUGAAACCAGUUUCACCCACUAUGGAUUUUCCCGUCAUUUUUCAGGAAGUGGCCACGGAUUGAUCUCUCUCUCCUUCUCCCAGACUUCGCUGCUUGGCAAAACUAAUCAACCGAUCCCCGUUCAUGGAGGAUAACGUUAAGGAUGCUACACAAGUUAGCCCUGAAGAGAGAAGGAAGCUGCUCCAUGGACAACACAUUUGAGCUUCUGAUAAGUUUCCUGUUGGAGAGGAGCAAAGAUGAAGAAAAAUGUGGCAUCGACAAUUGCUUUUAUUUUUCUGCUUUUCCUUAACAUGGAACUUCUGACGGGGCUGUCACCGCCUGGCAAGCCUCAGGUAGAUAUGUGUCGAACUCCAAACAAGGAAACAUUCACUUGCUGGUGGAAGCCAGGAUCGGAUGGAGGACUUCCUACCAACUACACUCUGUUCUACAAUAAAGAAGGAAGCGAAGUCAUCUAUGAAUGCCCAGACUACAAAACCGGAGGCCCCAACUCCUGUUACUUCAAUAAGGCCCACACCACCAUGUGGAAAGUUUACAGCAUUUUCGUCAAUGCAACAAACCAGAUGGGAAGUAAUAUCUCUGACACGUAUUACGCGGAUGUGGCAUACAUACUUAAACCAGACCCUCCUGUGAACCUGACCCUGGAACUUAAACAUACGAAAGACGGGAAACCAUAUCUUUGGGUGAAGUGGUCCCCACCCAACCUGGCCGAUGUCAGGAUCGGUUGGGUCACCCUUUUAUAUGAACUGCAACUCAAACCGGAGAAAGGGGUUGAAUGGGAGAAUCAUUUUGCUGGAAAACAGAAAGAUUUUAAGGUAUUCAGUUUUAAUCCAGGACAGAAAUAUCUUGUUGAAGUUCGCUGCAAACCAGACCAUGGAUUCUGGAGUCAGUGGAGCCUGCCAAGUUCCAUCUGGGUGCCGGAUGACUUCCAAGUGAAAGAUAUGACAGUGUGGAUUUUUGUGGCUGUUUUAUCAUCUGUCGUUUGCUUGAUCAUGAUCUGGACAAUGGCUCUCAAAGGCUACAGCAUGAUAGCUUGCCUCCUGCCACCUGUCCCCGGGCCAAAGAUAAAAGGAUUUGACACACAUCUGCUAGAGAAGGGGAAAUCUGAAGAGCUCCUGAGUGCUCUGGGGUGCCAAGGCUUCCCCCAGACAUCAGAUUAUGAGGACCUCCUGGUAGAGUUUUUGGAAGUAGAUGACAGUGAGGACCAGCAGCUGAUGCCGGCUCCCGAAAAGGGUCACUCGCAACCUAGCGUGAAGCCGGCCCACCUGGAAACAGACAACGACUCGGGCCGAGGGAGCUGUGACAGUCCUUCCCUCUUGUCCGAGAAGUGCGAGGAGCCCCAGCCCCCGCCACCCACCUUCCAGCCACCCCCCGACCAUGAUGACGAGAAGCCCAGCAAGCCCGCUCCGAAAAGCUGCAGAAACUGGGGGUCCCAGAGCCUAGACUUGGAAGGGAAAACCCCCUACUUUCACGCCAUGGGGUCCAAAUCCUCCACGUGGCCCAUGCCCCAGCAGGCCAGCCACCACACCCCAAGAGCCUCCUAUCACAAUCUGAGCAAUGUUUUUAAAAUGGCCCCGGAGGCCCUUUUCACGGGACAAGGAGAGACGCAUCCCUCAAAAUACUCGAAACCCUUGGAGACUGUCGGCGAUGACAAAAGAGGCGAACGGAACGAGCCCGGCCAGGACCCCACUUGGUUGCUGCCUAGCGAGAAGUCGCUCUUCGGCUCUGCUAAACCGAUGGAUUAUGUGGAGAUUCACAAAGUCAACAAAGAUGGUGCCCUGGCACUGCUCCCCAAACGGAAAGAGGAUCCAGGCCAGGCAGAGACGUUCACUGUUCCGGAAGCCAGCAAGGAAUACGCGAAGGUGUCCAGAGUCAUGGAUGACAACAUCCUGGUGUUGAUGCAUGAUACCAGAGGUCUGACCGCUCCUGAGUUUGAAGAAUCUGCUAAGGAAGCCUCUCCGCCCCUACGCCAGAAUCAAGCCGAGAAGAAAAUGGCCUACACAGCCACCGUCACAACUCCAAACGACUGCAGACUACAGAUGGGUGGGUUGGAUUACAUGGAUCCCACUUGUUUUAUGCACUCCUUUAAUUGAUCGAUGAAUUAAAAUGUGAUUAUUCUUCAGGUAACCCUACAGAGUAAAUUAAAUGCAAUCAAAUGUAGACCGCUCAAGAAUGUGGCUUAGAAUGACACUACUAAAACUCAUUUGCCGCUCACACCUUUUUACGCUUCGUAGUCGAUCAAUUGCCUCCUUUCUAACAGCUGAUUGCAGAACAAAUUAUUCUGUUUUCUAAUUGUCAUUUGUAGAUUUCAUUUUUGUUAAGAGAUAUUAAAAGACAUGUAUAAUAAAAUAAAAGCACAUGGCUUAGUUUUCUUGGGAAAAAACAAA